GCAUCACGACAACUUUGUGUGGCUGUUCUUGAAUGGCCAAGUCAAUAUGGGGUGUGUGUACAUUAAUGAGGAAUUAAAUGAAUUUAAUUGAUUUUAGCAAAUGGCUGCAAAAUAACAAAGAGUGGAAAAUUGACGGGGGUCUGAAUACUUUCUGUACCCACGGUAUAUGUGGGCCCAAUAAUGAAGAAAUUAUUUGGUCGAGUAUAUCUUCCAUUCAUAAAUGACUUGUGCUGGAUCCCAUACUGCCCACCUUUCAACUCACUCACAGAUAUUGUCAAAAUCUGCCAGACUGUUUCAUAAUUUUUAAGAUGUUGUCCUUCUUAACCAGUUCUAAUGCUGCCAGGAAUGCCUGGUAGCCAUUAUUUACAUUUUUUUAAACCAAUGGCGAAUUGUAAAUAUCCCAAGACUGGUUUAUGGUGGCCUGAGGAAACAAAGAAUAAAACAGGAGAAUUGAAAGCGUGUGUUAUUCAAGCCAUGUUGCUGUCUGUUGUCAGCACUAAUAGAUAACUUUAUUCUGUAAAGCACUAGGAUGAUAAAAACAUGGCAUACAUCUAAUUGAAUUUGUAACUCAUUAGCAAUCGAUUUCAGACGGACAUGGAAAAGGUAAACCUAUUUAUGAGCUCUGAAUAAACGUUAAAAGGCAAACAAAGCGCCUUCUUCAGCCACAGUCAUGAGGGGCUUGUUUCGAUGAAUGUUAACAAAGAUGGGCGUGAACUCAUCGCUGCGAACUCUCACAGCCAACGGGCGGCGUGUUGAAAACAAAAACAUUCAGAAUCCAGCUCCAAAAUGACCGCUCAUCUCCCGACUCCUCCCGUCUUCAGCUUGGGUAGCUUGAGCCAAAAUGUCCGCCCCCGGUGCGCAGCUUCAUGAGUUCUCCAGGUGGGCGGGGCCGCCAAGCAAGAGUCACGUGACCCGCGCAGAGCAAGGCUGACUAUCUCCAAUAUGGUGGCCAGCUUGGCAGGUCUACGGGUUCUGUGGAUGAUAAUAGUGUUGCUCUGCGGGAUUAGAGACAGCGCCUGCGGCCAAGAAGUUCCGCAGGUUGUGGGGCUGCGACUGGAGGACCCGGAAGAGCUGGUGUGCAUGAAGGACCGGAUUAUCUCAGCGCCAGAAGGAGCCACGUUCAAGCUCCGUCUCUUUGGGGCUAACCUGAAUGGAAGCUGGCCGAAAGUCGCGUUCGCUGAGGCGGCUGACGGAGCCACGGGGGCGGUCGGUGAUGCCCCCGACCCGUGCGAAGACGAGUCCAGCCGUCUGGAGUCCGCCUUCCAGGUGACGAAGGACUUCAUCCCGGACGAGGAGUUCAGCGGACUGCUGACUGUGGAGGUGAAGGGCAGCGGGCGCAGCCUCCACCACCUGUGUGCGCUGAGCGGGGGCAGGUGGGCUUCUGUUGGCCCGGACAGACUCCGGAUCAGUCCCGAGGAGAGUCCCGGAGCAGACUACAUCCCGCCGUGGGGUCUGGCCCUCCUGGUGGUGCUGCUGCUGCUGAUGUGCGGAGUGUUCCGGACGGUGAACCUGAGCCUGCUGUGGCUGGACCCGGUGGAGCUUUACGUGCUCCACAGCUGCGGGUCCGAGGAGGAGAAACGAGCCGCCAAGCGCCUGGAGCCCGUCAGGAGAAGAGGGAACUUCCUGACCUGUUCGCUGCUGUUCCUGUGCGCGUUGGGACACUCGGUCCUGGGGGUGCUGCUGUACAAGGCGCUGGGGUGCAUCGUCUCCGCGGUCUUCACCAGCGGAUUCCUCAUCUUCUUCCUGGCUGAGCUGGCUCCUCACAUCCUGUGCUCCGACUAUGGCUUUCAGAUGGCGCCCGCGCUCACCUGGCUGGCCCAGGUGUGCAUGAUUCUCACCUGCCCUCUGUCCUGCCCUUUGGGGCUGAUCCUGGACCUGGGCCUGGGAAGGGACAUCAGCACCUGUGGGAUAAGGCAGAGAGCCAUGGAGAUGAUCCGAGCCAGUGUCAACGACCCAUACAGUGAGUUUGUGAAGGAGGAGUUCAGCCGUGGGAUGCUGCGUACAAAGACGGUGGAGGACAUCCUGACUCCUCUGAAGGACUGCUUCAUGCUGCAGAGCUCAGCUGUUCUCGACUUUUCCACCAUGUCGGAGAUCAUGCAGAGCGGGUACACCCGGGUGCCCAUCUACGAAGAGGAGAGGUCUAACAUCGUGGAAAUCCUCUACGUGAAAGAUCUGGCUCUGGUGGACCCAGAGGACUGCACCCCUAUGACAACCAUCACCAAGUUCUACAACCACCCGCUGCACUUCGUCUUCAACGACACCAAACUGGACGCCAUGCUGGAGGAGUUCAAGAAAGGUAACUCCCACAUGGCCAUCGUUCAGAAGGUGAACAACGAGGGGGAAGGGGAUCCUUUCUACGAGGUGCUGGGUCUGGUCACCUUAGAGGACGUCAUCGAGGAGAUCAUCAAGUCAGAGAUCCUGGACGAGUCUGACGGUUACCACAGGAAGCUGAAACAUCCCGUCACUCCUCUCGAGAUCCCUCUUGAACCUCGCAGCAGCCACGAGGAAUUUUCUCUUUUCAAACCUCCAGAGGGAGAACCAAAGAUCCACACAUCACCACAGCUGCUGCUGGCCACGCACCGCUUUCUCUCCAGAGAAGUGGAGCUCUUCAGCCCGGCUCGAGUGUCAGAGAAGGUUCUGUUCCACCUGCUCCGCCACCCCAGUGUCAACCAGGAGGUCCACUUUGAUCACAACAACCGGCUCAGCUCCAGCCACUAUCUGUACACCCGAAACCAUCCGGUGGACUACUUCAUCCUCCUGCUGCAGGGUCGUGUGGAGGUGGAAAUCGGUAAAGAAGGGCUGAAAUUUGAGAAUGGAGCAUUCACGUACUACGGCGUGUCUGCUCUCACGUUACCAUCAUCAGUGCAUCAGUCUCCAGUGGCGACCCAGCGCCACUCUCCCAGGGAUCCGUUUGAGUCUGCAGACGCCUCCAGCUCCUCCAGCUACUGUCCCGACUAUACGGUCCGAGCUCUCACUGACCUGCAGCUCAUACGGGUGACGCGUCUGCAGUAUCUGAAUGCUCUGAUGGCGUCUCGUUCCGGACAGAGUCCAGACCCACCGGAGAUCAAAGUCCUGCCCAACAGUCAGACAAAGCUGCUCAAUGAGAGAAACACUGCACAAGGUGGCAGCAGAGCCCAGGAGAGCUCCACAGAAGAAGAGGCUCAUGGGUAGCACAGGUCCUCGUUUCAAAAACACAAAAUGGUUAAAUCCACACAGAUUAUUUAAAAUUCCCUUCCUAGUUUUUGCUGAUAAAUAAUCUGUGGCUGGAGUGUAGUUUUUGGACGAUACUGGAGUGAAUUUUUGACUUUAUUUUGUUAGAUUUACUGCUCACACUUCCUUUCUCCAUCCUCAUUCCUUCAUGUCCAGCGGUUAUGUUUAUGUUUGUGUACAUAUGUUUAUAGAAAUAGAGAUGGAGGAGAGAAGGUGUGAACCUCCUGGAAAAAAUGUGGUCACAUCAUCAUCUUAAGAAGAGCAGACAUAUUCAGUCUUACGUAUCUGAUAACAUACAGAUCAAUCAGGGCAGUUCACAUUUGAUUAAAAAGGGUAGAAAAGUAGGUGAACCCUUAAUUAAAGACAUUAAAUAGCUUCAGCUCCAUAUUAAAUUUUAUUAGUGAAUUAUUUAGAUUUUCUACUGAAUCACUAAUAAAUAAACUCUUAAUAUUUAUCCGUCCAGUGACUUCACCUAUAACAACCUUUUAAUAAUAAUCUUAAUCCUGCAAACAUGAUGCUGCCUACGUUUAAUUUAGCAUGUAGCAAAACCCCUGCUUAGAGAAGCUAUACAUGGUUUCUUUAAAUAAACAUGAUCAACGCCUGGAAUAUUUAUUUAUUUUUAUGACCGUAUUUGUCCGUAUCGGUAACAAAAUCACUUAAAUAAAAAUGCUGCUUUUCUGGAUGCUUGAACAUUAACGACUCAUCAAAAUAUAGAGAAAGAACAUUCUCAAAAUCUCUAGAUUUUCCCAUAGCUCUUUCCCAAUAACCAUUUUUUAUCGUUACCAUUUAAGUUAUCAAAGUUUUAGGGAGUCAGAUGAGUAAAAAUAGUGAAAAUAGUUCAUUAGUUUUGUUUUUAAGGCAUGAAAUGAAAGUAGACCAGCCCAAAAAGGCUGUUAAAACUUAGAAAUGAUUCCUUCCUGUUGAGUUGAAAAAGAUCCAUUUUAAAAAGAAAUUUUACAAAGUUUUUCUCACUAAAAACUACAUUUGUUAGUAGGUGUGGGUGUAAACGCAUCUCUUACUCUAUACAAGUCUGUGGAGAGGUGUUUCUGAUCACUCUCAUGAAACAUUUAGGAUGAGUCAUCUGUGUCGGGCCUUUUGUGCCCCUUUAGGUCGCGGGGGCAGAAGCCUAAGCACAAUGUCUUCUUUUAAUUGACCAAAACACCUUUAGUGGUUCGUGGUCUUUAGGGACCUUACACAGUAUUUUAACCUCAACCGUCAAUAAAACUGUUACAAAGAAAAUCAAACUGAUCAAAAACAGAUUUCCACUCAGAAUAACUGAACCCAUGAGAGGUUAAAGGACCUGAUUAGAUCCAUGAUUGGAGUGUUUCAGGGGUUUGAAUGGGGAAAAAUUUUCAGUUGAAGAUGAAGAUUCAAACAUCCAUCCAUUUUGGCCACUUAUCCGUGGUCAGGUCGCGGGGGCAGUAGCCUAAGCAGGGAGACCCAGACUUCCCUUUCUCCAGCCGCUUGAAGAUUCAAACCUCUGAAAUUGACUGAAACACCUCAUUUUAUCUGUGUGGUGAAUUUAAUUAUUUUCUGCCUGUUUGAUUACAUUGGAGUAAUACCUUGUACCAUGUCACUAUAAAGACUACAAAUUAAACCCAUUAUUUACAAACAUUUAAAAUGCUAAAGCUAAAUACAUGCACACAUCUUCUAUCUUUUAUAGUAUCACAAUAUUUCAUUUCUGUUGGCGAUAGGUAAAAUUAGUGCCAUUAGGUUUGCAGAAGGUGAGAUGGUUGAAAUUAGAGUAGAGCCUAAAGCUUAGCUCAUGUGUCCUGUAGGACAAAAAAACUCUUUCUUCAAACUGAGGCUGUUCAGGAUGUUGUUUACAGUGAGUAAGAUGUUGAUUAUUUAAAAGUGUAACAGAAAAAAACUCUUAGAAUAUGGUUUUCAGUUCAGCAGCGUCUGAAUACUAUGCUGAGUAGACACAUUUUCUUCCACCUGGUUAAUAAGUUCUGCUCAGAUCAACGACGCCUUGUAGCUGAGCCUUCAUGUAGGAUUUCUAUUCCUACUGAGACAAACCUAACCUCUAAAGGUUAAUCAUGUCUUCCUUAACCUGCCAUGUUUCUGACACCCUGUGUGUAUUCUGUGGGUGGUGUUAACUCUAUAGUCUUCCCAUGUGCUGUAGACUGAACCACCAGUGUUAUAGAUCUGAAGCAAAGUGCCCUUUAAUGAGCAGCCAUGUGUGUUGAGUUGGGCCCUGCAGCGCCACCUGUCUCUCUGUUGACCCUGUUUUCCUGAUUCAGUGUUAUUGCAUAUAAACAGAUUUCAGGAGGUUUGUUCCUAAAUGUGAGUUUUGAGUACAUAUAUUUUGUUAAAUUUCAUUGUAAUAAUUUAAUCUGUUUCAAAAGACUGAAUGUAGAGAGAUACUCAUAAUUGUACUUAAACUGAUGAGAGAAAAGUCUGAGUGUGUGUGUAACUGCUGAAUGAACUUAGGUUUUUCUUCUUUUUUUUUACAUGAUAGUUUGGUAAAUAGAAGAUAAGCUGAGGAUGUAGUUUAUGGAUCUGGGCCUGUUUUUUUCAGGUACAACACUGUUACCACAGGAGACAUUGAGAGUUUAUCUUCACUCUUGCUGUCCAGGUUACAUUUCUGUCAAAUGUUUGUUUUAUUAAGUUCUUUUGAGAAUGCUGUUGUUGUUUGGAUCCAUAAAGACUCUUCUACAUUUAACACUUCCAGUACUUUCUUAGGUAAUAAACUCAGUUCAAUUCUAAAA